AGGAGACAGACAUGGCUGACUUGCCAAACGGACACAUAUGUUGGCUUCCGAUGCAAGGAGCCUGAGAAGGGCCGGUUUGCUUCAUCAACUGCCCUAUGAGAUUGUCGGGCUCCGUCAUCUGGCCGUUCGAUGGAGCAUGCCUUUCACACGGAGACACACGCUCAAGGGGGAUUUGGGCUUUGACAGACAAUGUCGACAGGUUUACGAUACUGAUAGAUCACUAGAAAACGUCAAGGCAGCCGCAGGCUUGUCAUACUGUCGCCUUACAGUAAUGCCCGAGAUGUCACAGCGUUGCCAUUUUGAGAUCCGCCCCCAAGCAACAAAACCCGAUUGCAACACAAACUUACAAUGUUCUACAACCAGUGAAACCAUGCUUUCUAAUUUACCCGCAUGUAGCUGUUACAAGCCAGUUAUGCACCAUUAUCUCAUUCGUUCUGUCGCAAUGCUUCGUCGUGGCCGAGAUACCAUCAGUGCCAUUCUCCACUGUGUGCUCCCCAUGGAAGAGAUUCUGUGGAUAAUCUCAUAGCUGACGUUUGCGGCUCGUGGGUGCACGAUGCCCAACGUCAGUACAUAAACACGGGAAAGCGCGUGUUACCAAGCUACAGGGAGUGGAACUUCAACCUUUGGCGAUGGCAUUGGUUGUCCGAUCAUGCAGUCGCGCGGACGUUAAGGCUGAGGGGUCGGGGCUACGACCUAAACGAGAAAUCCUCUGCAGGUUGAUUCUUGAGUCGAAUUAAACCGAUACUGUCAGAAUAGGUACCGGUUUGGGUGCCGCUGUCACACCACGUGAAAUCUAUGGGUGGUCAGACUGGGAAUUCUUCCGAUGUUAUGUGAAGAACCUCAAUUCAUGGCCGAAUAUCCGUAUACGAGACUACCAUUAAUUAUUACUAAAAGAUAAAAGAGCGCGGGGAAAUGUCUUGGCCAAAGCCAUGGGGGCACCUCCGCACAAGAGAAAUCCCCCAAAGCCGACGGAUAUUGCGAGGAAAUAGACCGGACGUCAACUCCAUGACUCGGCCGAGACUAUCUCAGCACGCCAUGUCUAGGAAAGCGGGUGAUCAGGCCGUUUCAAGCAAGACCCCUGCCCAAUGAAAUUGGCAGACCCAUGCGAGAAAGUGACCCUUUGCGAAGACAACGUGCUCUAGUGUCAUGUAGGUAGACGGAGUUUAUGGCUGAACCCGAACGCGAGCGAGGACCCGAAGAAGAGGGAGGGGGGAAGAUGUGCUCCGGCCGAGGUUCGUUGCAUUGGAAGAGGAGAUCUCCAACAGAUCUAGACGGAAAUCCGAAUUGGCGGAGGGCCCUGUUACAUUGCUUCAGGCUAUGUUCAAGGAUGUAGGGACAGCUCUGUUUUUUCUCUGUUCUCUUCCCUUUUUUCUCCUUCUGAGACUCGCUUCAUGCUAUGUGCUCUCCAAUGAUGGUACCUUGAACCCGUUUGUGUUUCUCCAUCCACAAGCGAGAACAGUUUCUCCCAGUUUGCGAAACAAACAAACUUAACUUUGUUCUCAAACAUCUAUCUACCUCGACACUGGCAUCUCUGAGGCCCUCCAACCUCGUUUGUCCAUUCGCUCGCCCAUCUUGUCAGGUUACCGACCCUCCAAGUCGUCCCAUCAAUAACCUCGUCUUCCAACGACAACUUUUACGAAAAUUGAACCUGGCCGACCUCAAGUGGAGGGGAACCACAUAAUAGAAUUUGCGAAAAUCCGGGGAGACGAAACGCAAAGUCUCCAUAACCUGGGAAUUACCCAAUACAGACUAUCUCCGACUUCACUCACAUUUCAACAGAUAGUUGAGACAUUCAAGAUGAGCAGGGAAGAUGACUUGACUCGCGAAGAGUCAAGAUCUCAUGCCUUGACCCGCGAACCAACACGCGAAGAAAAGACCCGAGAGGCUAUUGCCGAGGGCCACGAUGCAGAUAUUCCUAGCAACAUUGGCUUUAUACCCACUCCAGCAGACGAGCAAAGACGAGCCAGUCUCACCAGCCAUAGACGUGCAAGCCAUGCAAGAGAAAGAGCUUCCCUGGACCCAGAGAAGCACGCCAAGGAAAAUAGCUCCGUGAGAGAUGAGGAAGAGGGUGGUUCGCAAACGCAGAGUGAGAGCGAUAUUGUUUGGUGGGAUGGUGAUAAGGAUCGCCAGAAUCCGUACAAUUUUGCGACUUGGAAGAAGGUUCUCAAUUGUGUGCUGGUAUCGGCCUUGACGUUCGUUACGCCACUCGCAUCGUCCAUGUUCGCACCCGGCGUACCUCAACUUAUGGUCGAAUUCGGUAGUCAAAGUCGUGAACUAGCAUCCUUCUGUGUGUCAGUCUACGUUCUCGGUUUUGCUGCAGGCCCCAUGAUCUUCGCUCCUCUAUCAGAGCUAUAUGGACGCCAAGUAGUCUACCACUGCUGCAAUGUUGGUUUCAUCGUAUUUGUCAUUGCCUGCGCCAAAGCUCCCUCGUUGAGCAGUUUCAUCGCGUUCCGUUUCCUUAGCGGCACAUUUGGCUCGACACCCAUCACCAACGGCGGCGGUACAAUCGCAGACAUGAUUGUUCAGGAGAAACGAGGUGCAGCAAUGGCGAGCUUCAGUAUUGGUCCUCUUCUUGGACCCAUCAUUGGCCCAGUUGUUGGUGGUGUCGUAACUGACGCCCUAGGCUGGCGAUGGGUAUUCUGGAUCAUCGCUAUCAUGUCUGGUGUACUGUCCUCCGUCUUCUUCUUCGCUUCUGAAGAGACCUACGCACCCGUUAUUCUCGCCCGAAAGACCAAGAGACUCCAGAAGGAAACAGGCAAUGACCGCCUUCGAUCUAAACUCGACGCCGGCCUCAGUCCAUCGGAUUACUUCAAGCGCGGUAUCCUACGGCCAUUCAAGAUGCUCCUCUUCUCACCGAUCUGCAUCAUCUGCGGUGUAUACGUCGGUCUCGCCUAUGCAUACCUCUACCUUCUCUUCACGAGUCUCACACCUCUAUUUAUGCGAAUCUAUCACUUCAACACAGUUCACGCAGGCCUGACGUUCCUUGGUCUUGGUGUGGGUAGUAUGAUUGGCGUAGCGUACUUUUCCGUCUCGAGUGACAAGUACAUGAAGAAGAAGGCUGCGGCUGCUAAGGAGCAAGGCAUUGACGAUCCUGCUGAGUCAAUGAGGCCUGAGAAUCGACUUCCGCCGCUGAGAAUUGGUGCUGUUUUGCUCCCGGCUGGUUUCUUCAUUUACGGAUGGACUGCUGAGUAUCAGACUCAUUGGAUUGCGCCUAUCCUUGGAACAUGUGUCAUUGGUGUCGGAAACCUGGUCAUCUUCAUGUCACUACAGAUGUACCUCAUCGACAGUUUCACCGUCUACGCAGCCUCCGCCCUCGCCGCCAACGCUGUCAUGCGAUCAAUCGCCGGAGCAUUUCUACCUCUCGCGGGACUGCCAAUGUACGAUAAACUCGGUAUGGGAUGGGGAAACAGCCUUUUGGGCUUCAUCGCUGCUGCGCUAAUCCCUGCGCCGUGGCUGUUCAUCAAGUAUGGAGAGCAUUUGAGAAAGAAGUUUGAGAUCAAGGAUUUAUAGACGGAAAAGUGGACAGACCGGCGAUUCUCAGGCAUACAUAGAGGGAACCCAGCAUUCGUUAGCAUAUUCAUUUACGAAGUCACUUACUUAUUACUCGUCCACUGCAUUACCG